GCCUCUGCUUCCUGAAGUCCAUGCCCGCACAAGACAAAUGGCCGAAUACCUCGAUGCGCUGGGAUAUGAAUUUUCGCUUCCUGUUGACACAAACAUAAUCUUUAUAGAUCUAAAGAAGAUGGGUAUUGCACCAUCCAUGUUUGAGAGUCACUGCAAGCAGCGUGGAUUGAAUGUGUUUGCCACAGGACGAAUAGUUUUUCACCACCAAAUUUCCACGGAUGGGAUUUCAAGGUUAAGGGAGGCCAUGCUUGACUUGAUCACCAGCGUGAAGAGACCCGGUUAUAAAAGCCUUGGCAGAUCCUGGGGUCCUUCAUAUGUUUAAACUGGACUGUGCUACGAAUGCGCCCAUUUUGUGCGGUCAUUCAGUCUACUGAUCCAACACCGAUUCUGAUCCC